CAGGGAAAGAUUUACCUCCUUCUCUACACUGCAGAAGGACCUGCUAGACAGAACGGGAUGGUGAGGAAGGAGGUUGUGCUGAGAGCAGCCCAGGGGCAGGAUGUGUCAAUUACUUAGAUCCAAUUUUCAUCCAUGUAUCUACUUACAAUUUGUAGUCACUAGUCCUCAUAUAUAUAUCCUUAUAUAGUCCUUUCCACCCCUACUCUCUCCUUACUGACUUUGCCUCCAUCCCAGGGAGGGGUGAGUGAGAUCUUAGCAAGGAGUACAAAUAAAAAUGAUGGGUGCUAAGAUGGAGUGAUGGCAUUGCCUUCUGCCUGGUCGCCAGGAUGUCAGUGACGACGCGAGAUAUUUUUCUUCCUUGCAGAGAGCAGAGGUGGUUUCUCUGUCGGCUCCCCAGCUCUCAGCGGAAUACCUCCCCAGGAGGGAUGCAGCGCUCAGCAGGCAGCCCAGCACGCCGCUGCCCUCUGGACCAGUACACUUCGCAUUUCUUCUAACGCACUACCUUAUCAGAUGCGCAAGCUUCUCGGCGUAUGCUUUGUGCCCUUUUCUUCCUCUGUCUCGGAGAGAUUCAGCUCCUGAUCUGAUCCUUGUUGAGGCAAAGCGUCUGUUGAGCACGAUCGGAGGAAGAUGCGGAGGGGGAGUGCGGGAUGAGCGCUGCUCCCCGAAAGAGGAACAUUAAUAACACCGAUGCACGGCCAAUUAGCAGAAGGAGCCAGGUCCAACCCUCGUGUCUGCGCGCUGCUGAUUUAUCGACAGUAAUUACCGGGGCACUUAAUGCCUAGUUUGGAUGGGAAUUAACUCGAGGCCGGAUAAAUAAUGCAUUAGAGUUUAUGUAGCCCCCCGUGAAGCGUCGCCCCCGAGGCAGGGCUGGAGGCGGCGAGCCCCGCGCUGGAGCAGGGCGGCGGCCGGGGCCGGGCGCUGGGGGCGCGGAGCCCGGCCGGGAGCAUGCUGAGCCCCAAGAUCAGGCAGGCCAGGAGAGCCCGGUCAAAGAGUUUGGUGAUGGGUGAACAGAUUGGGCCUCCUUCCAGACCUUCUUCUCCAAACCCUCAAGAACGUGUGCUGAAGUGUGGCUGGCUAAAGAAGCAAAGGAGUAUUAUGAAGAACUGGCAGCAGCGAUGGUUUGUGCUGCGUGGGGACCAUCUCUUCUAUUAUAAGGAUGAAGAGGAAACAAAACCUCAGGGUUUGAUACUACUGCAAGGCAAUCAGGUGAAUGAGCUGCCGCCUAAUCCUGAUGAACCUGGGAAACAUCUCUUUGAAAUUACCCCAGGUGGUGCGGGGGACCGGGAAAAGACGCCUGUCAAUCAUGAGGCUUUCCUGCUCAUGGCUAAUUCCCAGAAUGAAAUGGAAGAUUGGGUGAAAGCCAUCCGACGGGCUAUAUGGGCUCCAUUUGGUGGAGGUAUUGCAAAUAGCUCACAUGCACAUAAAUUAAAACAUUUGCCUCAAGGGAUCUUUGGACAGCGAUUGGAGGACACUGUACAGUAUGAGAAGAGGUAUGGCCAGCGCUUGGCCCCACUGCUGGUGGAACAAUGUGUGGAUUUUAUUCGGGAGCGAGGUCUUACAGAGGAGGGGCUCUUUCGGAUGCCUGGCCAAGCCAAUCUUGUCAAAGAUCUGCAGGAUUCUUUUGACUGUGGAGAGAAGCCCCUUUUUGACAGCAACACAGAUGUUCACACUGUGGCGUCCCUCCUGAAGCUUUACCUUCGAGAGCUGCCAGAGCCUGUCAUCCCCUUUGCCAAAUAUGAAGACUUUCUUUCUUGUGGACAGCUACUCUCAAAAGAUGAGGGAGAGGGCACUCAGGAACUGGUUAAACAGGUGAAGAAUUUGCCUCAAGCCAACUACAACCUCCUCAAAUACAUAUGCAAGGGGGGCUUUUCAAGGUUCCUUGAUGAAGUUCAGGCUCACUCCAGCAUUAACAAGAUGAGUGUCCAGAACCUGGCUACUGUGUUUGGACCAAAUAUAUUACGGCCCAAAAUGGAAGAUCCAGUGACAAUGAUGGAAGGCACCUCACUAGUUCAGCACCUGAUGACUGUGCUGAUAAGUGAACAGGGGCGAAUCUUUGCCGUUCCUCAGGCAGAUGUGCCAGGGAGCCAGCUGGAAAUCAGACCUGUGCGUCAGCGCAGUACCGUGGAGUGGAUCUCUGAGGAGGACGGGGAGGGCAGCAGGUCAGAGAACAGCAUUGCCAGUCCUGCUGAUUUGCCUUCUAAUAAUGCUGUGGCACUAGAGGCCGCUCCUGGACCUGUGGUGAAAAUCUCUCCUCCAGAGCACAGUGGCAAAGUGACUCAGCCUGCGACCAGCCCCAGCAAAAGAGUGCAAACGCUGCCUCCGUGGAAAUACUCCUUCCGCCAGCAGGGAGCACGGUCUGUGAGUCCGAAGCUGGGCAGCUCAUCCUUAGAUAUUCCCAACCUCUCCACCAGUGGGAACUGGUUGAUGAAUGGACUGUACUCUCUCCGAGGCCAUCGCCGGACAGCCUCUGGGGAACGAGUUAAGGACUCGUGUUCUUCCCAAAGACUCUCUACUUAUGACAACGUCCCUUCGUCCAGCCUCUCCCUCAGCACACACAGCAUGGCAAGCACCACCUGGUCUACAUCAUCAUGUGAAAUCUCCGUGGUGGACUCUGUCAGCAGCUGCCCAGCCUGCCGGGCCAGUGACUCUUCUGCUUUAAGCUCUCUCAAAACCGAGUGGAUUACUCAGGGCUCGCUGUCUCAGAGUGAGGUCAAGACUGCAGAUCUGGAGAACAGCAUUGAUAGGUUUGAAGAAUGCAGCAGCAGCAGCAGCAGUGAACAGAGCAACCCAGCUGCAGCUUCCAGAGACUCUGUCAAAUGCUCUAGGGCCUUACAGAGCUUGGUGGUAGAGCUAAAGACAGAACUGAGCAAACAGAGGACUGAGUAUGAGACUAGUAUCAAAAGAAUUGAAGAAACAAGUGCAGACCUGAGGAAAGAAGUGGUUAGGUUAGAAGAAGAACUGGACCAAGAACGAAAGAAAUACACGAUGCUGGAGAUAAAGCUGAGGAAUUCUGAACGUGCUCGUGAAGAUGCUGAGAAGAGAAAUAACCUUCUGCAGAUGGAAAUGGAAGAGUUUUUUUCAACAUUAGGAUGUUUAACUGUUGGGAGUCAAAGUUCUAAAGUCCCUAAGUAGAACAAACUGAUAUACAGCAUAGAAAAUUCUAUUUCUGGCAAAACCAGUGAAAAUGCAUAUUUUGUUCUGGUGUACUCAUGUAUCAUGAGUAAUUCUACAGUGAUUGUGCUCUCAGUGACACUUGCUAUGUUGUCUUCACAUGUGCUGUAGUACUUGGGCCAGCCGGGAAAGACUGCUAAAUGUAAUGCUUCAAAGUUUAGAUGUCAGAUUGCCAAGAAAGAGUGAGCACCCUUUUUAUUCACAAGCCAUACUCUUCUCCAUAGCUGUGCUGCUGCCAUUUCGGAUUUACUGCACCAUCCUUUUCCUGGCUUAAGGACAACAUAAAGUCUUGCAGUGUGGGUGAGAUGGCCAGAACUGAUGGACAGGCUGAGCCUGGAGCUGAGCACCUUGCGCUUGGGAAGAUGGCAGUUCUGGUAUAUCACCAUAUUCAAUGUGGUCUUACAUAUGGAUUUAAUGAGGUGGUGUUUUCUUCCUACUGCCUCCAUAAAGUUUGUUCACAUUUCCUGUUCCUUUAAGUGGCAUUAUUUUAUGAAAGUAAUGUGAAAAAAAAGUCUACAAAUGAGCUGAAGAUACCAAAAUCUGGACAGUUCACUAAAAUUGCCCCUUACUCAACAAACAGUUCCACUUCUCCACAAAAAUGCAAUUUUCUAAACUGUAUGUGAUUAAUAACCCUAUUGGCCACACAAACUCCAUGGAAUGUUAAAUAUGCACAUAUUGCCCUAGGUGUCUGGGGGGGUUGAGCCAAAAACACAGCAGCAUUAGCUGCGAGAAAAAAAAAAUCUCAUGAGUUGAUGAGACAUCAAGGUAAGAGAAGAUUCUUAUCAUCAAAAAACCCUCAGCAGUUGGAUGUGUUUUAGCUAUAACAUUUUAAUAGCAAAACCUAUGGUAAGAGAAAUUAGUGCAAUUGGGGCUGGGGAUAUUAAGGGGGGAUGGGUGGGGAUCUAUCUUUAACCUUCCCAGGACAAUUUACACUUGGCUGCCUUGUAACAUUUCUCAUGACACCAGCUCAUUUUGUUGUUGUUAGUAGUUCAGAGGGAGAUGAGGGGACAGGAAGAGCAUCACAAGCAUUCCAGCAGCCUAAGUUCAUUACUUCUACUAACGAAAAAAUAUUAGAAUGAAGUUUUAAUUUCCAGUAACUAGCUAUCAGGACUGAUUUCCCUUUCCAGGGACUUCUUUGAGAAGCCCUGCAUAACGCUUGCCCUGAGACACAGAGAGAACUUUUUUUUUCACCAGAUUCUGCUUGAAGACCGCUUGCCAGCCCAGCACUCGCAGCACUAUUCACUCUUUCUUGGUGUAUAUCUCUGGUGGCUGAGGCAGCUUGGGAGUCUCAGAGGAGAAAGAUUUCUACUGGAAAAGUGCAACAACAACAUGAACUGGUUAAAGGGAAAGCAUAGACUGUAGUGAAGGUGCUUGCUUUAUUUAAGUAUUUUCAAAAAAAUUACCUAAAUCUGUCUUUUCUUACUAAAGAAUAAUAUAACUCAUUGUCUGGAAAUAAGCUUAGAAUGUUUUCUCUUUUUUAUGUACUACCGGAUUGUGCACCUUUCAGUACUGAUUUUCUCAUCAUCUCACAGAUAUACAGGUAUUUCAGUAUUUAAAUAUCUAGAAGUUAACUUGUUUCUACCUCACUGUAACACUUCUCCUUCCUAUAGAAAUGUACAUCAUUUAAAGUGAGCAAAAAAGAAACAUUCUAACCUAACCUUUCCCUGUUAAGACAAGUCAAUCAAGGUGGCAAAGUAAGCCGUGCAGAUAGGUUAAUUCAGUUAUUUCAAAUAGUUUUCCCUCCCCAAAACAUCCAGUGUGCCAGAUUCCUUCCCACCUCGGGGAGGCACUGUGGCAGGUGGCUGAGCCUUUAACAGGAGCAGCCUGACACCUGCAGGCGGGAGCAUCGCCAGCAACUUUUAUGUCUACUCCUCCCCUCGCCGCCAUUAUUACUGAAAGUCACAAUUGAUCCUGCAAGGAAUAUUAUGGUCUGUUCGAAACAGCAGCAUUAAGAUGCAUAACGUAAGAAGCAACUGUUGUACAGUACAGUGAGUUAGAUAGUGUUCCGGGCAUCACAAAAUAAACCUUAAUAUUAGACUGGCCUGAACUGUGUUGCAAGUAACUCUCUGCAAUUAGAAUAUCAGGACUGGUAAAAGAAAGUUUCUACUACCUGAGUCACUCAAUCCAAGUAGCAGUAGCAACCAGGUUAUUUUAAUACCUCUUUUAUUCCUACCCCCAACGUGGGUACCUUCCACUAUAUCCAUCCUGACAGCCCACAUCACUUUAAGACAAUUUAUAUCGCAUUAGCUCCUGUGUGUAUCAGGUGCAGCGACUCCCUCUAGUUCUGGCAUGCUGCAGACUAAAGAACUGAGCCGUGCUGACUGGGAGCCUAAAGAACAAAAAUGCAGGACAAGCACUCACCAGGACUGCUGGCUAACUCUCGGUGAAAUCAAAUGCAGCAGGAAUUCUAAAUAUUCUUUAACUAUUUAAACCUAGGAAACUGCCGUGUCUAGCGGUACCGGGGAACAAACCCACCUAUCCCAAAUCUUCAGCUCCAGGAUAGGAUCAUCUGUCAGCUAUGUAGCACAGCAUAAUCUUAAUUUGGCAUCUAGGAUAAAAUUCCUUCCUCUCCUCAGUUUCACAGAUGAAAUUGUAUUCUCCCAAAGCUAUUAAUGGCAGUAACCUUUUCCCAGUUGACUGGUGUGCUCCAGAAGCAACGUCUAUUGCUCUUGUUCACGGGCAAUAAAUUUCAGGUCCUUCUGAAGGUGAUCCACCACAGUAAAUAAAGCCUGCAAGAAGCUGGAAGCUACUGGGUUCAAGACAAAAUACACCAUGGUAGGAGAUUAUCUCUGAAGGACAGUAACAGGAGGAUAACAUAAAUUUCCCAUCAUGGACAAUUAUGCAAGACGUGGGAAAACACUUGGUAACACUAUACUCUAACUUAAAGAAGAUGACACACCCUUUCCUAGCUUUAACUGCUGUUUCUGCACUCUUUCCUGCCACUUCAUUUGCCAGCUUAAUGGAUCUGAGAGUGCUCUCCUUAUUUUGCAGACCUUUUGCUUAUUACAGCUCCAGUUUAAAGUGCCAGAUUUCUUAGAAGCAUUUACAAGAUACAGGUUUGUUCGUACUAAUAAGAUAUGACAAAAGGCUUCUGGAAUCAGGUAGGUACAUUUUAACCAUAGCUUUACUAGUACAAUCUUCCCAGCCUGGAACACUCCUUCCAGUGUUAUGCAGGCAAAAAAAGUGUAAAAAAACUUCCAGUGGAAGAAACUCAAUGCAAAUAUAUAAUUGCAAAAAAAUUCAAAGCCAAACAGGAGCAUUCCAGAACAGCAAAACCCUUCUGUAAGUCUCCAUGGUAUUUCUAAUAUGAAAAAGAAAAUUAAUACCGAUAGCUUACUGAAUUUUCUACAUUCACCAGCAAGUUCUAUCUAAAGCAGCACCUCUAUGGCACGUUUUGCCGCUGAGAGGAAGUCACACACAGACAAAUCCCUGGCAGAGCUGAGACUGUCUUAGGCCUUACUCUACAUUAAUAUAUUACUUGGAAAAUCAGUUACACUUUAUGCCAACACAUGCAAAGAAAAAAGAGCAUUUCUGAGUCUCACCACAUUCUUAGAAGAGCACCUACCUCCACAGCUGCUCCAGAGAAACAAAGCAGGCUGCAUUGUUGUGUCCAUGGUCACCGUAUCUUUCUCUUAAAAAGGUAUGCAAAGACAAUGUCACAGCAUGCUGACACAGGCAACUCAAGGGCAUCUUAAGUCUUCGUUUAAAGAAAUACUGAAAGUCUGCUGGAAAUGAAGGCAAUGAAAUGCAUUACAUCAGGACUUAGCCCCACUGCAGAGGUGCCAGUGCCCAAAGUGUCCCUGGCAUCCAAGUUAGCCUGUCUGUAAGAGCUCUUCAGCAGUCAGAUCCUUCGGGCUUCUCUGAGAUUCAGUUUUGAGAAAGAUUUUCCUUCCAUACACCAGAGAGCCCAUGACUUACCUCCUUCUGCAGCACAGGUUCUCAGCAACUCUAUUUCCAGGACAGAAGGUGGCUAGACUUAGCAGCAAGGAAGUAAGAACAGGUUCCUGGUAGUCACAAAGACACAUGGUAUUAACAGUCUGUGGCACACCUGAAGUCCAUCGGAAUACAGAAAUGGAAGAAACAUGUCACUUCAUCCACAAGUGAGCUCACACACAAGACAAAGAUUUAAGUACCAGUAAAACCAGAUGAAUUCUGAGGAAGGACUGAUGGUAAGACUCCAAUAGACUGCAGCCCUAUUACAACAUCCAUAUGAAAUUCAUUCCAGACUAGCAAUGAAGAAACACUAAAUGCAUACUGGGCAAACUUUUUUUUUUCUUUUUUAUUUAAAAUAUCAUUAUAACCAAUUGACAGACUAGAUAACAAUGUAUACAUUCCAGUGGUGCACAUGUAAUGAACUAUGGCAUGAAUGAGUAAAAAAACCACAAUGUUCUCAGUAAUGGCCCACCAACAGCUUAUUUGGAGGGAAUAAAGGAAAAGCAGGAAAGGGUAUCAAAUGUGAGGAAUAAAAAAAAAAUUACAGUUUUCCUCGGUAUUUUUGAUGGUGUAUCCUGCCCUUCAUAUUUCUUGGGACAAAAUAAAAUUAAGAAUAUACUUCAAAAGGGGCAGAAGGAAUGAUCACAAUAAUUACCUUUUUUCUCAACUUUAGUAAUAAAAGUUAAAGAACUCUCAAAAAUAGACUAGCUAUUGGGCCUACAAAAGUAAUUCAUCUGUAUGCAAAGCUUACCAAGAAUUAUUCCUUUUGUAAAAUGUAAAGGAUGAGUUGACAUUACUAGUAAGCUAUUUUCACCUACAAAACCAGCUAUUUCCACCAAAACAAUAAUAAAAUCACCAAUUUACAGCUAACACAAUAUUCUAGAUGUACAUUAUUGUACACAAGCUAUAUAUUACACAUGAACAUCUUACGUGAAAUAUAUAAGAAACAUACUUACUGAUAUUGUCUCAACAUUGGCCAAUAGAUUUAUUUUUCUAAAGGAAGUGUAUUUUUCUAUUCACAUUCAGUGUAGUUCCGAUAGCAAGGGUUAGCUUUGUUUACUUAAGAAACAUAGAAAGUUUGUGUGAGGUAGUUCAAGAAAACCUAGCUUAAAUUUUCAACUGCAGAAGUAGAAACACAAUGUGAUCUGAUUCAUAACACAUUUCUGUAAUGCAGAGAUAUCUAAACAGGAGAAGGGAGUGAAAGACAUCACUGAAAAUACUAAUUUUAUCCAGUGCCCUCAACUAAGAAUAAAUUAAAUUAAUUGAAAAUUUGAGUAGGCAGUAGAGUCUCACCACAUUUCUUCAUUAAAACUCUCUUUCUAAUCCUCCUGAAAAAUGCAGACAGCUCUGUCAACUCCCAUUCUCUGGCUAAAUAUGUAAGAACCAAGAUGUCAAUAGGAAAAUAAAAUGUAACAGUAUGGUCAAGCAGCUGUCAACAGCAAAUAAAAAAAUACCUAGAAAUAGUAGUUGACUUCCUUAGCAACUUGAAAUAGUAACAUGAAGUGUAAUCUGAACUGUCUUCUUCCUCUUCCCCCAUAAUCAUAAUCAAGAACCAUUUAAUGUCAUAGGCCAUGGAUUAUUGGCUGGCUGGGAACUAUCCUCCUGUACUAGACUUUUGAUGGUUUUUCUUUAUGCAAUGUUGCGAUGAAUGUCAUACACAUUAACGCAGCAGCAUCAUACUCAUGCAAACGCCUGUCAAGGUGCUUAGUUUUUGCUACCUAACAAAAGAGCCUGUGUUCAGAGAAGCAGUUUUCCAUAAAACAAGGCCACAUCAGUAACAUCCAACCAACUUGGGCACUGAGGCAGUAGCACGUGCUACUGCCACAACUGCCUCAAAUAAAGCUCACCACACCCUCCCCUAAGUUCACCCUGUGUGUUGGCAUAGGGGGGUUUAUUGAAAAAAUUAUACUGAUAUUAUCUUUGUAUCCAGCUGGAAUUCCUACACAGAAAGAUACUAUUGCAUGUAGCAUAGUAAGGUUCUUCAAAACUAAAAAGGCAAAGUCACAGAGCAACUAGAUAGGGAAAAUGUCUUGUCUGUUCAACUUAGCAGAAUGAAUACAAUAGAGGUGACGUGGUAAGUCAGGCUGGUCUAAGGUUGUUCAACUGAUGGCUACUACUCUGGUAAUCCAGCUUGUCACACACAAACACACAAAACCCCUUAAUUCUGACCCCACUGUCUUGCACCAACAAAAGACUUCACACAGCAGAGGUGCAGCACACAGUUAAAGUACUCAUUCCUCCUGCCCUCUAUUACCCAUUCUUGAAGAAUCUACUUCUUACAAAAGGAGAUGAGCUACUUUAUCCUUGAUGUCUGCCACAACUUUGACCAGAGCAGGUGGAAAUUGAUCCUGUUAUUAUUGCCCAACUUUUUACCUCACCUGAGGUAAGAAAUCAGACAGGUCACUGUAAUUAAAUUCCUACCAAUUUUCAGUGGAUUGGAAUGGCCCUAAGAAGAGAAAAAUUGCAUGCACUUUAGUGAAGCCUAUUGUCAUGAAAAGAUUUUGGAAUCACAGACUGAAAUAAAGCUUAAUACUUUAAGAAUACACUUGUACAGUGUAUAAGGUAGUACAUGAUCUAACAACAUAAAAACAGACAAAGAUAGCUGAACUCUAGCUACCCAUUUGUUUGCUAUCUGUGGCAGCAUACAUCUAUCUAUGAAAUAAUUUUAUAUUUCAACAAAUAAAAAGGGAACUUAAGAGUAACAAGUUGUUGUGAUGAUUUGCUUACUGAACUCAAUUUUCUUGUCUUUGAAAUUUGUUAUCACUUUAAUAGGCCUUAAAUGCAAGCAACUGCCAAAAAAGAGAAAAAGGCAACGCUAUGAAGAUGGUGCUAAAAGAAACUCCAGGUUCCUGCAGGCAAAGCUCUGACCUUACUGAAACAAUCCCUUUAAACACAGCUCACUUACACUGCAAUGGGUUGCAGUGGACAGUUCCACCCAUUCAUCAGCCUAACCUUAAAAGAAGAAAAGCUUUAGAGCUUAUGAACUCAACGAAGCUACUAUUGAUAGCCCAUUGCAGUAAAAGCCUAGUAAUUGUUUCACUCAAUAUUAAUUUUAAAAGUAAUUUUUCUUUAGGACACUGGAAAGUGAUAGCAAAAAUAAUUCUAAAGUUUCAAAAUAUUUCAGUCACCACUGCAAUCCAGAGGGGUCCAAAAUAAAUAUAAAUAGGAAUUAGAUUUACCAAAUUCUACUUUUUACAAAACUUGCAGGCAUCGGAAGUUGAUUUUGUCAGUCUUAACUUUGUUACACUGGGCUGAUCAGAGUCUCAUCUGACCCUAUAUAACAAUGGAGUACUGCUGCAUGACCAAAAAUUCUGGCUUAAUUCACAGCUUAAACUUUGAUAAAAAAAAUGAAAAAAAAUAGUCUAUUUCUGUCGGUCUCUGUUUAAAUUGAGCAGAUUAUCUAUGCUCCAGUGAGAUGAAUCCCAACAUGUCCUGCCUAUUCUGAGGUAAUAUACAAUUUGGCAGGAUCCUGUAAAAAUAAUUGCCUUAACAAAUGUGGUUUAGAAAGGCAAUAUUGAAAUACUAGAUACAAGUGAGGAAAGCAAAAUUACAUGCACACAGCACUUACCAGCAGUCUAGCCAGGCCAGGGAAACAACUGCACAGUUAAUCAAUUUAGUCAUCUUUGAGACAUUACCAUUCUUUGUAACCCUGUAUGAUUUUCAGAAAGACACGUUAGAUAUUGAAAGCAUUACUAUCACUCCUAUUUUUCUGAAACUUACUGCUAAGACAAAUUUCCCUCUUUCAACUUCAAAAAGAUACCUAUGUAACCCAACAAGCAGAAGGAACCACACUGAAGACCAUCAGUCAUUCCUGGAUGACCUCUGUAGCCAGUUAUAUGAUCUGCUUAUGCUCUGUGCCUGGCAAGACUUCUAUAUUUUUUACGCUCAUUUUUGUGAGCAUUGCUAAUUUAAAUCCCUCUUCACAUUCUAAUUCACUACACAAAAUAUGCACCUACACAAGGCAAUCAAUUAUACAGCCUAGCUUCACUAAAAAUCUGCAUUUUCCAAAGGAAUAAAUUCUGAAUGACUAACUCAUACAUAAACUUAGGUCAGUUAUACAUAAACCAUUCUGUAAAUAUAAAAUGUAAACAGUUAAAAUACUUCUGUGAGGAGCAGCACCAUUUUACAUGACUAUUUAGUAACUGUUCUAUAUAUUUCAAUAUAUCUUUUGUUUAAAAG